UCAAAACGCUCCGUCAUGGCGUCUUCCAACCAUGUUACCCCCACCAACUGUGGCUGGUGGCCCAUCUCGGCGAUGGACGAGGACGGCAAAAUCCCAGACGGGGACGAGUGCGAAGACCCCACGUCGGAGCCCAAAUCCGUCAACAAAGACAGGCUGGUUUUGUACCACUGGACGCAGUCUUUCGCCUGCCAGAAGGUGCGCCUGGUCAUCAACGAGAAGGGGCUGGCGUGCGAGGAGAGAGACGUGAGCCUCCCGCUGCAGGAGCACAAGGAACCCUGGUUCAUGAGGCUCAACCUGGGAGAGGAGGUGCCCGUCUUCCUCCACGGCGGCAACAUCAUCAGCGACUACAACCAGAUCAUAGACUACCUGGAGACCAACUUUGUGGGAGACUCGGUGGCUCAGCUGAUUCCCGCUCCAGACUCGCCCGUCCACGAGCGCGUGCAGCAGUACCGGCGGCUCCUGGACGGCCUCCCCAUGGACGCGUACACCCACGGCUGCAUCCUCCACCCGGAGCUCACCACCGACUCUAUGAUCCCAAAGUACGCCACUGCUGAAAUACGUCGACAUUUGGUCAACGCCGCCACGGAGCUGAUGAAGUUGGACCACGAGGAGCCCCAGCUGACAGAACCGUACCUGUCCAAGCAGAAGAAGCUCAUGGCAAAGAUCUUGGACCACGAUAAUGUCAACUAUCUGAAGAAAAUCCUGGCCGAGUUAGCGAUGGUCUUAGAUCAAGUGGAGGCUGAACUGGAGAAAAGGAAACUGGAGCACCAAGGUCCAAAGUGUGAGUUGUGGCUAUGUGGACCAGACUUUACGCUCGCUGACGUCUGUCUGGGAGCCUUGCUGCACAGGCUCAAGUUCUUGGGACUUUCUAAGAAAUACUGGGAGGACGGCAGCCGGCCCAACCUGCAAUCCUUUUUUCUGCGGGUGCAAAAACGCUUCGCUUUCCGCAAGGUCCUGGGCGACAUCCACACGACGCUCCUCUCGGCGGUCCUGCCCAACGCCUUCCGGAUGGUAAAGAAGAAGCCGCCGUCCUUCUUCGGGGCCUCCUUUCUGAUGGGGUCCCUCGGCGGGAUGGGCUACUUUGCCUACUGGUUUUUAAAAAAGAAAUAUAUGUAGUAAAUGCUCUCUUAGCGUCUUCGAUGUCUGUGUAUACGUGAGAUGUUUGAACUUUACUGUAACAUUUGAGGACCGCAGGAAAACCCGUACGGAAUAUAGGAACCACCGAUACUUACCUGGGCGAGUAAAGAUGGGAAAACAUUCCAUAUCGAGACUUGGCUGCCCGUUUUCUGGUACUGGCAGCCUUCAUCCGGCUCACCUGCUCUUGUGUUUGACGUUUGUUGAAGGCACGCGAUCGAAAAAGUACCGGACUUCGUUCAAACCAGCGCACACGCAGACUAGUAAUCGCUCAGCGCGGGUAAAAGCUCUCGGCCACAGGAAAAUCUUUCACUCCUGACACCGCCCCCUGUUUUCGCUCCAAGAAUCGGGGCCCGAGUCCGAAACAAAAAGCAAUCCCGAAAGAAACCCGCUUCCGAAAGCAUCGCGAUCGUUGAGUUUUCUCACAUGGCAACUGCACACGUGCGACGUACGUCACGCUUCGUUCAUUCGAGAUCGCACAGCACACUUCCUGCCGCCACCGAGCAGGAAGAUCGCAAUUGUGACGUCGACGCCGAAGCGCUCGGUUGAAGACGCGCUUGAUUCCUUGAGGCUGCUCGGAGGUAAAACAAAAAACAUGUUGCGACCUGUCGAAAUGUUUGGACCCGGCCCAGCAAUAAUGAGCGGGGAAAUGAGCCGAUUCCAUUGCGGCUUGGUUUUGAUUUUUGCUUUUAACUUGACAGGUCGAACGAAUGGCGUUUCCUGUCAUUGUAAUGGGAAAAGACGAUUUGGAGGAAGGAAAGACAGUUUUGAGUUACGGGCGUCGUCAUGAACGGAACGAAUACCCAAACCCAUCUCACAGCGCCGCCCUACUGGAUUGUCAAUGCGUGAGUUUUAUUUUACUCACAAAUUGACUUAAGUCGUAUAAUAUACACGCACACAAUACAAAUCACUUUGGUAUUUCGAAUUGACCAACGGUGGAGCAACUGCGGAGCGUCGGCCUCGCAGUUCUGCGGACCGGGGUUCAAAACCCGGCCGCGCCUGUGUGGAGUUUGCAUGUUUUCCCCGUGCCCGCGUGGGUUUUACUCCGGUUUCCUCCCACAACCCAAAAACAUGAAAUAAUUGAAGACUCUAAAUUGCCCCACGGUGUGAUUGUCUCCGUGUGCCCUGCGAUUGGCUGGCGACCGGUUCAGGGUGCACCCCUCCACUCCUGCCCCAAGAUAGUCAGAAUAGGCUCUUGCACUCCCAUGACCCUCGUGAGGAUAAGCAUCUCAGAAAACAGACGGAUGGAUAAUUGACCGACAGAAAGUUGAAUCUGACUUCAAGUCAGAUCAAGAAGAUAUUAAAGCACGUCAUCUGUUGACAGCCAUGCUUCAAAUGAUUCGACUGUCUGGGGUGCCAACACUUGUGAGCACAACUGUCGCGUGAAAUAUGGCCACGUUUAGUUCAACACUUGACGAUUAUUCUGUUGUGUGUGUGGCAAUAUUUUUUCCCCAUACGUGCUCCGGGCCUGUUAGAAAUGAACAAAGAUACAUUUUUCUGUUUGACUUAACGUGGCUGGGAAUCACCUGGACGUGACGUCCGCAUCCACUUUUUUUUUUUGUUUGGUUGCUUUUUUUCCACCGCGUUGCCGAACUCGAACUCGCAUUUGGAUGGUCGUACGACUUCCAGAUGAGGAAGGAAGACGCUCGUCCUUGCGACCUCACGACCAAUUUGAAAUGUGCCAAUUUAAAGACAAAAGAGGACGUUUUGGCCUGUGAGCGAAUCAACAUUUGAGUGCGAUUUGACUCGGUUGCAAAAUUACGGCUGCGUUCACAAUCGCAAAACAGAAAAAAAAAAAAAAAAUCUCCAAAUCCUUCCUAAAGUGAAUUGUGAGCACUGCACAUUCUAUUCAGCUAAAAACAUGGAAAAAGAUUCAACAUUCCUUUACAGAAAUGAAAAUGACAAUUAGAAAAUGUGAGAUUUUGCUCCCCUGCGCAUCAUUGAAUUACUUAAUAGAAUAAGCAGUUUCUCAAGGCAAACGGUUUCACCUUUGAACUUGGAAUAUGUAUUUUUUGUUUUGAUUCGGGAGCGACUGUGCAGUGAUCCCAGCGCAAUUUGUUUUGAGUGAACGGAACCAAAAUGGGAUCUCGAGGACACGGAGUCACUUUUGAAACGCAAAUGUUGACGUUUUUGUUUGAAGGCCGAACCCGAACGUGGCCUCAAUUCUUUUGAUUUCCUGGUCGGCCUCGACGCGUCACACGCACGCAGCCAACAAAUUCGACUUGUCUUGGUGGCUGUCGUAGCUCACGAUAGUAUUUUUUUUUUUUUUUUGACGUUUAUUUUUUUAUAUUUCUAAAAUAUACUUUUAUUUAUGGUGCUUUUUAUGAUGUUUGUUCAUAAGCCUUAAUUUAUUCAGUUGCCAUCAAUGACAAAUAAAUACAAAUAAAAAGUCCUCAUUGAUUUUUUAUAUUUUUUUUUAAUAUGCAGUACUGUGUCUAUAUAGAUACAGUAUUUCAGUAAAUACAUGCUGAUGUAUUCUUCUUUUCCUUUCGGCUUGUCCCGAUUAGGGGUCGCCACAGCGUGUCAUCUUUUUCCAUCUGAG